AUGUUCAAUCAUUUACUAAAUAUGGCUAAAGAAUCACAUCUUAAGAGAUUUGAUACCUUAGAAGUCGACGACGAGAACAGGGAUCGGGUCAGCAGUUCUACAAAUUGUGAGCCAAAGAGUGACUGCUUUAGAGCCGCGGUCUUUGAACACAUACUUCAGGGAAACCCAUCCACUGAUGAGCCAUCCAUUAUAAUCCAGAAGAACCUCAAUGUCAUCAAACAGGCCGCUAUCAAAGCCUCUGAAAAUGGGGCAAAUAUUCUGGUGUUUCCCGAAUACUGUCUAAUAGAUCCCAUGAUUGGACGCAAAACUGUGGCCGCAUUUACCGAAACAAUUCCCGAUCCAAGACAUGGAUCGCAUAAUCCAUGCGCUAAGCCUUUGGAGUACAAGUCUAUUCCCGCGACACUUGCGUUGAGCUGUUUGGCCAAAGAGACCCACAUGUAUAUUGUGGCCGAUUAUGGCGAUCGCUAUCAAUGCAACAUCACUUCGGACCCCAAGUGUCCCAAAGAUGGCCACUAUAUGCACGACACAGCCGUGGCAUUUGACCCGAACGGCGCAAUUGUGGCCAAGUAUCACAAAUCACACACAUGGUUUGAGUUUGAAUACGAGACUCCCCCUCCACAGGAGUUUGUGUACUUUGACACACCUUUUGGUCGAAUGGGUUUACAGAUAUGUUUUGAUAUAUGGUUCAAAAACCCCGGCAUUAAGAAUGUGGCCAAAUAUGGUGUGCAAACAAUGUUAUUCCCGACGGAUUGGUUCGAUGAGCUGCCACUACAGUCGGCCAAACAGGUCCAGGAGAGCUGGGCUGUGGCCAAUCGGGUCAACCUAUUGGCCGCCAAUCUUUUAGACCCCCAAAUGGGUACCCUCGGAAGCGGUAUAUAUGCGGGACAAAACGGUGCAUUCGUCUCCACAAACAUCACCACAAAAACGUCUAAGCUCUUGAUCGCAGACAUACCGGUGGACAGCCGUAACCCCUCGGCCUCGUGUUUGAAACCCGACCAUCGGUUCAACAAAACCAUUUCAUUUGAAACCUUGAAAACAGACGCCAAAUACCAAAUGAUAGACAAAAUGUACACAAAAGGGCAUUCAUUGAACAAAUUGACUGCGAGUGAGGGCUCAUCAGUGGUCUGUGACUCCGGUUUCUGUUGUCAUCUAAACUAUUCGCUCAAAUCGGUUGACGACCUGAAGGGACAGUCGUUUUGGUGGUUUGUGGGCAACACUACUAUCGGUCGUCCAAUCGUUUUGGUCUAUCCCUGGUGUGUCGAGAUUUGCGCCGUCUUCCGGUGCGUUGACGACCGGUGCGAGUCUUUCCCGACCCAUACUUCAUAUCAAACUGUAUUUAAAUGGCUUCGACUGAGCGCUACAUUCAGUACUAACAUUACUUAUCCGAGUCUCACGACUAAUGACUUGGCAUUAGUUCCCAAACAGUAUUGGGUUUACGAAAAUCGGCAACAAAUCAAUGGCUCAGAAGUGAGGCUCGAGUUAAACAAUUACGACAAACCACUGCUGGCUAUGAACGCCAAAUACCAAAUGAUAGACAAAAUGUACACAAAAGGGCAUUCAUUGAACAAAUUGACUGCUAUUGAGGGCUCAUCAGUGGUCUGUGACUCCGGUUUCUGUUGUCAUCUAAACUAUUCGCUCAAAUCGGUUGACGACCUGAAGGGACAGUCGUUUUGGUGGUUUGUGGGCAACACUACUAUCGGUCGUCCAAUCGUUUUAGUAUAUCCCGUGUGUACCGAGAUUUGCGCCGUCUUUCGGUGCGUUGACGACCGGUGCGAGUCUUUCCCGACCCAUACUUCACAUCAAACUGUAUUCAAAUGGCUUCGACUGAGCGCUACGUUCAGUACUAACACAACGUUUCCGAGUCUCACGACUAAUGACUUGGCAUUAGUUCCCAAACAGUAUUGGGUUUACGAGAAUCAACAACAAAUCAAUGGCUCAGAAAGUGACUGCUUUAGAGCCGCGGUCUUUGAACACAUACCUCAGGGACACCGACACGAAGAGUCAUCCCUUGUAAUCCAGAAGAACCUAAAUGUCUACAAACAGAUGGCUAUCAAAGCCUCGGAAAAUGGGGCAAAUAUUCUGGUAUUUCCCGAAUACGGUCUCAUAGAUCCCAUGACUUCACGCAAAACUGUGUCCGCAUAUACCGAAACAAUUCCCGAUCCGAGACAUGGAUCGCAUAAUCCGUGCGCUAAGCCCUUGGAGUACAAGUCUAUUCCCGCGACACUCGCGUUGAGCUGUUUGGCCAAACAGACCCACAUCUAUAUAGUGGCCGGUUAUGGCGAUCGCUAUCAAUGUAACAUAACUUUUGACCCCAAGUGUCCCAAAGAUGGCCACUAUAUGCACGACUCAGCCGUGGCCUUUGACCCGAACGGUGCGAUUGUGGCCAAGUAUCACAAAACGCACCUCUACUAUGAGUUUGAAUACGACACUCCCUCUGAAGCGGAAUACGCAUACUUUGACACACCUUUUGGUCGAAUGGGUUUACAAAUAUGUGCGGAUAUAUCGUACAAAACCCCCGGCACUCAAAAUGUGGCCAAAAAUGGUGUGCAAACAAUGUUAUUCCCGACGGAUUGGUUCGAUGAGCUGCCACUACAGUCAGCCAAACAGGUCCAGGAGAGCUGGGCUGUGGCCAAUCGAGUCAAUCUAUUGGCCGCUAAUCUUUUAGAGCCUCAAAUGGGCACUGUUGGAAGCGGUAUAUAUGCGGGACAAAACGGUGCGAUCGUCACUACAGAGAUCACCACAAAAAUGUCUAAACUCUUGAUCGCAGACAUACCGGUGGACAGCCGUAACCCCUCGGCCUCGUGUUUGAAACCCGACCAUCGGUUCAACAAAACCAUUUCAUUUGAAACCUUGAAAACAGACGCCAAAUACCAAAUGAUA